CAGCUGAAUCAAUAAUAAAGUCAUUAAUAUUUAAGUAAUUGUGAGGAAAACUGAAUCCCUAAAUUAUCUUGUCGUUUGUCAAAGUCACAUUAAACAGAGCCUUAUCCGAAUACCGAUGUGUCUCGAGCACAGCGUCCAGUUUGCGCUCUCCGUGGUGUCCUGGCUUUAUCUCGCCACACGAUUGCGGGAUUACCGUCUUAUCUUAACGAGCAAUGUUCCCACGGCUCCGCACUGCAAGCUAUCCUGUUAUCAUCCACUUGUCUUAUUUAUGGAAGCCUGUUUUGAAGUAAUGUGGAGUAGUGCAUAUGAGUGACAGAGCGCGCGUGCUUGGCCACAAGGCUCGUUCAUUAAAUAGAUCAAAUAAUAUUUCCAAAGUUAUUACUGAGGGAAUAUUGUACUCUGUCACCGGCAAACAAAUACAAACGGACUCGCGCAGUGAAAGAGAGAGAGAGAGCGGACAGAGCGCUCGCCUAGUUACCUCCUUUCGACCUCCUCAACUUUUAACCCCGCAGCGCGCAGCCGUCGAGCGCAGUGAUGUUGACGGACAAGCGCUGAUUAUUUACCGAACAAUUUGGAGUCUGAGCAUAAAUUCUCCACCAGAUCUUUAAACUCAGACGGGGAAAUGGCGAAUUUAGAGUUCGGAUCUCAACAAUCAUGUUCCAGCGGCGAUUCCCCAGCGCUGGAAUUCGAGCAGGAUAAAGAUUCCGGACAUCACGGUCGGUGCAAAACCGGGUCGCCGCCACUGCAAACUCCGCUUUCCCAUCAGGGUAUGGAGGGAAUCAAAGUUUAUUUGCACGAGAGGGAUCUGUGGGCGAAAUUUCAUGAUGUCACUACAGAGAUGAUCAUCACCAAAGCUGGCCGACGAAUGUUUCCCAGCUACAAAGUGAAGGUAACAGGCUUAAACCCCAAGGCAAAAUAUAUCUUACUGAUGGACAUUAUUUCAGCCGACGAGCAUCGAUACAAGUUUGCAGAUAACAAAUGGUCCAUCAGUGGUAAGGCUGAGCCGGCGAUUCCAGGCCGACUGUAUGUGCACCCAGACUCACCGGCUUCAGGAGCUCACUGGAUGAGACAGCUCGUCUCAUUCCAGAAACUCAAACUCACCAACAACCACCUGGACCCUUUCGGACAUAUCAUUUUAAAUUCCAUGCAUAAAUACCAGCCUCGCCUGCACAUUGUGAAGGCAGACGAGAGGAACAGCUUUGGCUCCAGCAACACGAGUUUCUGCACACACUCGUUUCCGGAGACGACCUUCAUCGCUGUAACUUCCUACCAGAACCACACAAUCACUCAGCUGAAGAUUGAGAAUAAUCCAUUCGCUAAAGGUUUCCGUGGAAAUGACGAUAUCGAAUUGCAUCGCAUGUCCCGUACACCAAGUAAGGAAUAUCCACUUGUACCACGUAGUACUGCAAGGCAGCGUGUAGCUCCACCCUCUCCCGACUCCUGUCACUCUCACUCAGAAUACACGGUGACACAAAAACCCAGUCCUGGCUACACCUGCUCCGACAUUUCAGGUGACCACACCCUCACGGAAACCCCUCCCACUCAUGACCCCACCUACCACCUAUUCACCUACCAGCUCUCUCCGGAGGUGACCCCUGUGCACAGUGCCCCCUGCAGUAUGGACACCGCACAGAACCAGCCUUGCAUGUAUGGAAGCUCUCAGGUGGGCAUGGAGGACCUCAGGUGGGCGUCUUAUACAGACAGCACAACUUACCAAAGUUUUUCAUCAGCUAAAGAAUUGGGUGGGAACUUUGUUCCCCCCUACUGACCUCUCUCAGGAACUG